GCCAAAAAACAGAAGAGAAGUGCAAAUACAGAAAGGAGUGUUUUUAUAUUGAGAAAUUGUAUUGUAGUUUUCCACACUUAUGGGGUGCUGUAAACAUCUCCACACUUUUUGACGUUCAGAUUUAAACCCUCAUGCAUGUAUUGGGAUGUUGUGUUUUUUAGUUUUAGAAUAGUAUAUGAAUGGAAAUUUAAUUGACAAGAACAUGGCAGCUAGUAUGGAACAAGUACAUAUUCAUCCUGGUCAAUACCAUUCAACACCUUCAAAUCAAGCAUUUACACAAACUCAGCUACAUUUUAAUAUUGAUCCUGUUCAGAAUGUGGUUCAAAAUCAGUUUAAGAAGCCAAAGCCUAUUAUUAUUGAAAAGUUACUGCCUUAUCCACAGAACGACGUUGUUCCAUUGAAAACAAGCUUUGAAUCUUCAGCUGUACCUAGUGAUCGUUUAGCAUUUGCUAUGCAACUUGCCAAGAUGGACAUUAGAAAACUGAAGAAUAUGUUAGACCCACCAGAAAAAGAGACAGAAAUAAUGACUCUAUUACAAAACUCGCUGAAAAAGAAAACAGAUAAAACUGACUCACCAAAGAAGACUAAGAGAACCAGCAAGACCAGAGAAGAAUCAAAACAAAAGGUUGUGCUUCAUGUAUAUCCAGAAAAUCCUGUUCCUCAUCAAAAAGCAAAUGUUAGAAAACACGUAGAUCAUAAAGAGGAAAACGUAAACAAAUCUUAUAAUGAAGAUAACCUGAUUGCUAAAGAGAACAGAGAAAUGUAUCGCCUGCAGCGGGAUCUGUUAAAUUAUUCUUCAAAACUGAAUCAAGUUGUUCGAGGCUUGGGGAAAGGAAAAGAUGUGAACACUUUGAAAACAACACAUGAUGAUCCAAGUGCAGAAAGAGAAAGAAAACUUGUUCGUGCUGAAGAACAGAAAGUCAGAUCAGCAAGAAUGUUGUAUAUGCUGCAACAUAAAGUUCAAAAUGUGGAAAAAGAAUUUGGUAGACAGAAGAUUUUAGUAAGACCCACUAAAAAGAGUCAAUAUCAAAGUAGCCUUGCAGCAGCUCAUCGGGCUGCAGUAAGGGCACUUCAAAUGUUUGUAAACAAUGCAACUUUACACUACGACACAUCUGGCAUUUUACCUUCUGCAUACAAAGAGCUUGGGUUGCUUAUUCAACAGUUAACGUUAUUAUCAAGUAAUAUUAAAAGUGGAGAUGCAAGACAGAGUGGAAUAUCAUUGAAUGUUGUUGAGGACUUGUUAAACUCCUUGAAAAAUGCAACUGAAAAGAAGCCGCCAUUGAAAUCUUCGAAAGAAUUAAAGAGUACUAAAACCAACAAACAGGCAAACCAAUCAAAUUUGGCAUACCUUGAUAAGCAUAUGGAUUGGCUAAAAAAGAAAGCAGAUGAUUUGAACAUGAAAUCAUUUCAAAAUGGAGACAAUACGACCCCUGAAAGACUGGCAACAUUGGAGCAUGCUAUCAGAGCCAUCGAUGAUGUAGACUUCAGACUAUCAAAGAAUGUUAUCAAGAAGUCUACUGACAAUGUCAAGAAGAAGCCAAAAUCAUCUGUGCUGUUUGCACCAGGAUUACAGAAAAGGAGAUUAAAACAAGUGACACGUCCAUACCACCCACAACUACCAUCAAAUAGGAAUUUUGCUUCACCCACAGUUAUCUCUCGUAUACGUAAGAAGCCGCCAGUGGAAAGAAAGUCCAAAUCACCACCGAUUACACCAAAGAAAAAUUUUCAUACACAAAUGUCAACACCAAGACAAAGAGAUGAGGAUAUUAUCGACCAGGCAAGAUCUCCAAACUCUCCUUUAAAAGUAGGCUCUCCUCCACAGGGGUCACCUCGAUACUACAACUCUCCCCCGCCGACUUCUCCAUUAUCUUCAGAAAGCCAUCACCCAUCACAUUCAUUCAUGGAAAAAGAAAUAAGAAGACAGAACUGGUUGGACAGACUGCACGACUAUCAGGCACAAAAGUUAAUGCAGAUGGACAAAGCCCAUGCGAAAGAAUUUGGCAAGAUACGAAAGCACUACGGUACUUCUCAACAGUUGUUGAAAACUGCUGAAGAAGAAAUCAAGAGUAAAUUGAAACCGUUGUUAGAAAAGGCUGAGGUUAUUGCUGAAGAAGAAGCAAAGCGAACGGCAGAAUAUGAAACUUCUGUUAAAAGAAGGUUGGCUGAUGUUGCUUCACAAAAGGCUUUAUCGGAGGGUGAGAGGCUUGCGGAAUACAUAAUGGAGGAUUUAAUCAAAGAAGCAGCUGUAGAAUUUCAGAACAUCGAGAUUGAAAAUCAAAAAGAAAUCGAUGCUGCUUAUCACUUCGAUCGACCAACUCUCGAACAAAUCACGCAAAGACUUGAUACUUUUGAGAUGGAAGAAGAAAAGAUUCGACGUCACUGGCAAACAGUAAAAUAUUCUGAUACAACAACUCACCAAUCGAGUUCGUAUACAGGACAAAACAACGAAGUUCAAGCAAAACCUUUCAUGUUUACAGCAGUACCAGCAAAUAAAAAGAAACCACUACCAGAAUUACCAUCAAACGAUAAUCCAGCCGAUGUUAAUAUCUUCCACAUUCCAAGUGCGAUGGUUGAGUCUAUCCUCUCGCAUCAAGAAAAAUACGAAAUUUGGCUGGAAAAAAAUUCACACCAAACAGGAACUUUUAACCCUCAAAAACUACUAGAAGAGGUAAGCGAGGAUAUACUUUGUGAAUUAUUGGCGGAUGUUUCGGACGAAUUACAAGGUCACUGUAACAAAUAUGUUGAUGAAAUUUACGAAAAAGAAUUUCUUCACAACACCAGUUGAUAGUUUUGUUAGAAAUAAAUUUGUAAUGUGUUUAGAAUUGUAUAUUUUAUAUUUUUAAUAAAUUUCUUUUCUAUUUAA